GGUGGGUAAAUAGAAUCACAACCUCUUGCCGGUGAACACACCGGGUCCUCGCUCGCUUAUUGGCGUUGUGUUAUCGGAUCUACAACAGCUCGACGCUCGAAACUGAUCACUGGCUAAGGUGAGACGCGUUGGAGCAGUUUUGUGUUGGUGCCGUGUAUAAAAUCCACAUAACGUUAUUGGAUCGGAUUAGUCAAGGUUCUGAUUUUGGACGGUACGAAACACGGUGUGAUUUCCUAUUCUUCCCGCGGACAGAAGAUAAUUUCAAGAUGGCAAAGUUGAUGUUUAUGAUUCUGGCUGUUUGCCUUGUUCAGGUUACUUUGGCGCGUGUAACUCGCGAAGCUCCAGCUCAGCCAGAGGAGAAUACUUUUUUCAAAACGUUGAGCUUAAUUCAACAGAAAGCCCAUGAUGCGUUAACUGGCCUAAAUCAAAGUGUUUUGAAAUCUCUGGGAUUCCAGUCAAACGACGAAGUUGUGGAAACCAUCCAGAAGAACACCAAUAAAUACGUAGAACAACUGAAAACCGUCCAGGCAUCACUUGACGAAGAACUGAAGAAGCACUCAGGCAUUUUGGACCCCGUUGUUAAGCAACUGAACGAAAAGAUCGAAGAAACUAGGAAGUCUCUCACCGAAAAGAACCCCGAGCUGGUGCAGAAGGCUCAGGAAUAUCAAGAAUCUGUUCAGACUAGAAUUCAGUCGCUGUUGACAGAGGCACAGAAAACCGGAGAACAAUUGAAAGAAUCUAGCCGAGGUGCUACCGAACAAGUGCAAACAGCUUUAAAGCAAUUGUACGACGCAACGGUUGACACGUUGCAGAAGACCGUUAAGGAGUUGGAGCCAACCAAGCAGGACCAGCCAUAAGUGUAGUGUGUAUUUAGUGUGUUUGUGAUUUUUGUUAAUAGAAGAAUAUGACUAUCGUAACUGUCAAUAAAUGACUCACCUAGUGUACCUCAA